AUGUGCCAUGCCUGGCCCACGAGGUUGCUGCAAGCUGCCAAGCUCCCGGACAUUCACUGCCACCGCUUCUGCCUUUUUUCAUUGCAUCGCAAGCAACCGCCUACUCUCAGCAUGACCAACGACGAGAAAAUCACACCCACCGACGGCGAGAUGCGCAUCCUCAAGGCCAUCUUUGCCAACAUGAACAGCAAGCCUGAUGUCGACUGGGACGCCGCCGCCAGCGCGGCCUCGCUCGGCAACGCCAAGUCCAUCAAGGAGCGCUACCGCCAGAUGACCGUCCGUCUCGGCUGGAACAGCAAGAGUGGCGGCGGCGGUGACGGCAACAGCGCCCCAUCGACCCCGAAGAAAGUAAAGGCAAGCCCGUCCAAGGUUGUCAAGAGAAGCGGUGGCAGAAAGAAGAAGGCCAUUGCGGAGGAUGAGGAUGAGGAGCUGGACGAGAAGCCAGUUGCGGCUGUGAAGGAGGAGUUUGAUGACGGAGAGUUCUGA